AUGCGCUUAGUUGGUCGGCCUGACGGCUUCAGUCCCUUGCACGGGGGGGUGUGCCAAUCUGAAGACCUCAAGUGUGCGGCAGGGUAUGUGCUGUACGACGGCAAGUGUCUGUUGCACGAGGAGAAGCGUGAGUUAGAGGCUAACGCACGCAACAUUCGCCUACUGAUGGCCUCGGAGAACUUGUUCAAACGGCUACGCAGACACGAAGGGUUUGCACAGUGCGGGUACACAGACGCACCGGGGCUGUACUGGACAGGAGAGGCGCAUGUCAUCAAAGAAGAGUUUGCAAUGGAGUCAGACAAUCUACUGUUCCGAAUGAUUGAAGUGAUCAAUGGCGAACUGUGUCCUGUGGCGCCGCCGACAGCAGAAGACUCGUACGCAGAUGCUCUGCCACUGCAUAUGCAGAGGAAGCAUGUCAUGCGCCCCCCCUGUGUGUUCCUAGAGCACAUGGACGCAGACCCCUACAUCCACGUGGACAAAGCUUUGGCCAUCAUCAGCCUGGAGUGUCGGCUACGUCGGUGGGUGCGCACGCUGUCCAUGCUGAUGCUGGGAGUGUUUGGUGUGUUGCUGUCACUGCUGGUGGGUCAGAUACGCCGCAAGCGGAGGGCCAGGGCAGAACGAGAGACGAAGGAAGCGCUCGAGCGACUGCUGAGAGAAGCCAAGGCCAGGCGAUUGCACUCGAAUGAGUUCUACGUCGUCAUCGAGGACUUCAGACGAGACUGUCUGAAGCUGUACGAGGCCGACGUAGUUGAUGAGGCUAUUCUGCGGGCACGCCACGACGCUCGGGUGCAGACAUUCAAAAUGUUAAUCAACGGCAAGGAGCAGAAGGUCCUGAGGUGGCUCGAUGAGAGACAACCCGUCAAGGAGGAGGUCGCGAACACAUCCUUCGUACAGAAGUACAAGCCAACACCAGGACCAAAAGGACCGAUCUAUCCCACCUUCUGAAGCGGAUAAUAGGACUCAAUAUAUAAACAAUAUACAGUGAAUCGUCAAUACUAUACAGUGAAUCAUCAACACUCGCACCUUCUGAAGUGCGGAUUAAGACUCAAUCAAUAAACAACAGACAGUGAU